AUGGCUCGCGAUAACGACAAGGACAAGAACUCUUCGUCUGUGCCCCGGCAUACGGACUCCGACGAAACCAACCCGUUUGUCGCCUUCCGCCGCUACGCCGAUGAGCAGGUCUCAUCCAUGCUGCAGUCCGUCACCGGUCUCCCUUCCUCCAUCUCUUCUCCUCAUUCCGAUCGCUGGGAGAUUUUCAACGAUGACUACGGCUACAAAAAUAUGACCUCCCGGCAACGGAGUAGCGAAAAUAGCUCUGAAGAGCCCGCCUCUGAGCGUGGCGCAAAUGGCAGCUCCUCCAAGGAGCAGGAUGAUUCCUCACACCGCAACCCCAACAACUCUCCAUCUCAUUCAUCCCGGCCACAGCUCCCCGAAAAUGAUGAGCGAUGGCCCUCCCAGUCCUGGAAGAAGUGGCGCAAUGGCUCCGCAGACUUCUUCGGCCUCGACUCAUUCUUCGACCGGUUCUGGCUGGAGGAUCGCUUCUUCCCCUUCUCCUCUCACUUCUUCCACCCGCACCGCAACUUCUCUAUCCCGGAUAUGUUUGAAGAUACCGACUCGCCUACCUGGCCAAUCACCUACAUUAUGUUUAGCCCCUACUCUCCUCUCUACCUCGAACGCCAAGCCCAGUACCACAAGCACCGGGGACAGGGUGUCUUCACUUCGCUCGUGUCUACUCUGCGCCUAGACUCGGACCGUGACCCAGCGGAACCUCAGUGGCGAGAAGCUUUUGAGGAUCUACUACGACUUGAGAAUGGGAAGCAGAUGCUCGAGCGCGAUGUAUCGGCUGUCAGUAAAACCGAGUCCGGGUCAGACUGGGUGCAGGGUCUGGUUAAACGCGGUAGUCUGGGCGAUCGGUGGAAGUAUGUGUCUGGCACAGAAAACCAGCCUUGGUCUGGUAUCACCUUUACCGAGCCUAGCCGUGAGAAAAAAGAGUUGGAGGACAGCAACGAGAACGGCCCACGGGACACAAAGUCGGAAGACGCAGAGACCGAGCUCGACUUGUACAAUCGUUUUCUGCGGGAUAUCGAAGCUCGGGAACGUGAGUUUUUCCAGGGAGGCGAGAGUCCUUUACUGCGCUUCCUCCUCGAGGAGCGCCGACGUCAGCAAGAGGAGCUCGACCAGUACCGGAGAAGUCUCCCGCGCGUUGACGACGAACAUGGAAACGACGAUACCGAAAGCUGGCUCGAUCUCGUAUCUGGAGGAAGUCGCAAAUCCGUCCCCGAGACUGUGAACGAAUCGGAUUCCACCACAGAGGCUACGCCAGCAGAUUCUUCAGCACUACAGCCACACGUGGUUUCUACCAUGGUCCGCACGGAGCGCGUGCGCCUUGCUGAUGGCUCCGUCCAGACAAAGACCGUCAAGACGAAACGGUUUGCCGAUGGUCGGGAGGAGAACGAUACUUCCGUCGAGGUAACUCAUGCUCCUCGGUCUCAGCCCGAGGAGUCCGAGUCCGAGUCGACGGAGUCUGGGAAGUCCAAAAGUGGCUGGUUUUGGAAAGACGAAUGA